UGAUGCCAACAUGACAGUAGAUCUGCAGUAGACCCAGCUUCAAUUAUUUUUCUGUAAUUCGUAAAACUCAAGUUUGAAUAAUGUUUUGUGUUUUUUUAAGUAACGAGGAAUAAUUUUAGCUGUAAUAACAGACAAUAUAUUAAUUGUUUCCCUUUCACAGUAGGAGUUAAUUUGUGCGGAAGUUUUCUGUGGAGUGAAAUAUCUCUAUUAGAAAAUUGGUUGAAUUAUUUUAUCUUCCAAAGAGUAAAGGGGCGUCAAUGAUCAUGUGUUGGGGUUGAUCGCAAGCCUAUUUUGUAGUCUGACAGCUAAUCAAGAAACGUCAAGAAAGAAAACUUGCCAUGGCAUCACAUUUGUCAGGAGGCAAAGUUAACAUUGCUUUAGUUCAGGAAUUGGCUAAAAAUGAACUAUUGAAGCUUCUGGAGAAUAUACCUGGGCGAAAGGUAAUAGUGUGGGAUAAAACUCUGGCGGGCCCAGUGGGGCUUAUUGCGAAGUUUUCGCUGUUACAAGAACGAGAAGUAGUACAUUUAUAUCCAUUGGAAUCAGGCGUUCUGAAGAACAACAGUGUCAACAAAGUAAUUUUUAUCACCCGGCCAGAUCUCCGUCUCAUGGACAUUGUGGCGGAAAAUGUGCAUGGUGUUGCACGUGGAAAAUCAGCAAAAGAGUUAUCAUAUAGUAAAGACUACGGCAGUCAGGGUGGCUAUGAAUUCCAUUUGGUAUUUGUGCCUCGUAAAAGCUUACUGUGUGAGAAACGCCUCAAGAAUCGAGGUGUAUUUGGAAGCUUCAUGCAAGUACAAGAGUUGCCUUGCGACCUGUUUCCAUUUGACAAUGAUUUGCUGUCAAUGGAGCUGGAGAGUGCAUUUAAGGAGUUUCGCCUUGAGGGCGACCCCACCUGCCUCUUCCAGGUAGCCCAGGCCUUGGGCACUCUGCAAGGUCUCUUUGGCACCAUCCCCCGUGUCUCUGGCAAGGGUCAUGCUGCUCGCCACGUGUGGGAGUUGAUGGCGCGCAUGGCUAGGGAGCAGGCUGGCUGUCCACGGCCUAUGCCCACGGGGGCGCCUGCCAUUGACCACUUGCUGCUGCUGGAUCGCAGCGUGGACCUGCUCAGCCCUCUGGCCACCCAACUGACGUAUGAGGGACUCAUUGACGAGAUAUUUGGCAUUCACAAUUGCACUGUUCAGCUGCCUGCUGAAAAACUGGCUAAGCCAGAUGAUUCUCUCCCAGUAAAUGCUGGAGAAAAGAAGGCUGUGAUUCUAAACUCCGGGGAAGAGUUAUUUGCUGAAAUUCGUGAUCGUAACUUUAACGCUGUUGGUCCAGCACUUAGUAGAAAAGCCAAGCUAAUUUCAGCACAGUUAGAGGAACGUCAUGGUGAUAAAACCAUGCAAGAAAUGAAGCAGUUCGUAGCAAGGCUUCCUCAUAUGUUAGCAAUGAAAAACUCUUUGGCAAAUCAUACCACAAUUGCUGAACUCAUUAAAGAAGUGACAGAUUCUAGUGGUUUUCUUGAAUCAUUGCAAGUGGAACAGGAAUUUAUGAAUGGAAUUGACACAGACAAAGUACAUCCCUAUAUUGAUGAUCUUAUUGCACAACAAGAACCUUUGCUUAAGAUUCUGCGUUUGGUGUGCAUGCAGUCAGUGACAAACAGUGGUCUUAAGGCGAAAGUCUUAGAGCAUUAUCGCCGGGAAAUUGUCCAUGCUUAUGGCUUUGCUCAAUUAUUAACAUUAGGAGCCUUGGAAAAAGCAGGACUCUUAACACCUCAGUCUGGACCAAGGCAGUACACAGUACUGCGCAAGGCGCUGCGCCUUACGGUGGAGGACGCGAGCGAGACGGCGCCCACGGACAUCGCGUUCGUGCACAGCGUGUACGCGCCGCUGAGCGCCCGCCUGGCACAGGCGCUGGCGCGGCCGCAGGGCUGGAGGGCGCUGCAGGACGUGCUGGGGCUGCUGCCGGGCCCCACGGUGGACGAGGUGCAGCUGCCCGGCGGCGGCCCGGCCCCCGCGCCCGUCCCCGCCGCGCCCGCACCAGUACGAUUGUGCGUGAUCCCUCGCACACCCUUUUAUCCUCCUCCGCUCCUGGAAAAGACGUGA